UUACUGUCUGAGCGUGGAGGGGGCGCUCGUAGCUUAGAUUUUCUACACUGUAAACACAUUCAGUGUCAACGGUUUUUAUAGGAGGAUAACUUAUAUAAUGCUGCGGCGAUGCGAUUACGGACCGUGGCAUGCGUUCACACUGAGCGGAAAUUAAAAAAAAAACAUUUCGCGUUGAGUUACUUUCGAGACGGACGAGACCCUGGAACCUGCCAUCAAAACAUGGAGCUGCUAUAUCAAUGUCCUAACCAGCGACGCUAACGCUAGCGCAACUAGCUAACAAUCCGCCAGGGAUCGCCGUUUUAGGUGACGAUUCGGUUAUUGUUAUCAUCUGUUUGUCCGGAAACUUCCGUUACUGGUUGCGUCGCUAAAAGGCUCGAGUUUGUUGCAGAUGCCCGUAAUACGAAUAACGGGGGAGCUUCUGAUGUAAACAACCAGCUGUGCGUUUAGCUCGUCUGGUACUAGCUGCUCGUAUUGUUUGCCUUCGCAGGACGUGGCACACUUACACCAGCCUGCUGUCUGAGCAGCGGUUAAUUGCUGCUGAAUGGGGUGGAGUCUUUAUUAGGACUGCCGUGCAGGCGACUAUAUUAACGGUUAUCAGUUGGCAGUGUCGGUGGACGGUGUCUGACGAAAUGAUGUCAAGGAGCUGCUGGAAAUCUCGACACAAAAGCUGCCGGGAACCUGCUCCUUGCUGGACCCGACCAGGACUGGUCGCCCUGCUCUGGUUGUGUGUAACCCAGAUUGACUGCGGCAGCGGGGAAAGUAAGAAUGUGAUCCAGAAAGACGCAGAGUUUGAUGUCACCUACAAUGACACGGUUACGAGUGAGAACCAGACAAUCUAUGCUUUCAACCACACUGUGUCCAGGAACAAGACAGAGGGAGUGCGUGUGUCCGUGUUGUCCCAGCUUUCAGAGAGUCCUAUCCUGUUUGUGGUCCGGCAGAAGCAAGCUGUGCUGUCUUUUCAAGUCCCUCUCAUCCUCCGAGGCCUCUACCAGAGGAAGUACCCUUACAGUCAUGUGGCCAGAACAUUGUGCCAGCCCCCAACACGGGCAGCUUCAGAGACUCAGUAUUUCUUUGUGGACGUGUCCACCCUGUCCACCCAGGGUACAAACUACCAGCUACGAGUCAGUCGUGUUGAAAGCUUCACUCUGCAGACAGACAAGAAAUUCACCUUCACUGCAUCUCCAUCCCAGCCUCAGUACUUCAAGUAUGUCUUUCCAGAUGGGGUGGACACUGUGAUCGUUAAGGUCAACUCAGGCAUGGCCUUCCCCUGCUCCGUUAUGUCCAUCCAGGACAUCCUGUGUCCUGUAUAUGACCUGGACAACAAUGUGGCCUUUCUUGGGAUGUACCAGACUAUGACCAAGAAAGGUGCCAUCACUGUGCAGAAGAAAGAUUUUCCCAGCAACAGUUUCUAUGUGGUAGUAGUGGUAAAAACAGAGGAUGAGGCAUGUGGUGGUCCCUUGCUCUUCUAUCCAUUGCGACCUGAUGAACUGAUCGAUGCUGGCAAUCGCAGCAAGGUCCUAGAUGUGAUGGUCUCCCCUGCCAUCAACUCGGAGGCCUAUGUGAUAGGCAUGCUGUUCUGUUUGGGUAUCUUCCUCUCCUUCUACCUACUCACUUUGUUGAUGGCCUGUGUGGAAAACAAGCGAAUGAGUAAAAAGAGAGAGUUGUUUCAGAACCCUGCUGACAUGUCGCCUGCAGAGACAGCUUCACUGCUUGGGAAGAACGGAGAUGGCAAGACUCCAGCCUCACCGUACGAGUAUGGCUCCUUUGCUGACAACAGUAGCACACUGAGCUCAGAGGCCAUCACUGACAGUGCCACCUCAACUGACAACAACUAUGGCUUUAUGGAGCGAUCGUUGGACAGUGUUGGGAGAAGCAGACAGGAGUCUCUAAGCUCGGUGGAGGAGGAUGACUAUGACACGCUGGAUGAUAUUGACUCAGACAAAAACAUAGUCCGCACUAAGAAAUAUCUGUGUGUUUCUGACCUGGCGCGUAAAGACAAGAGGAUCCUCAGCAAGAAAUAUCAAAUCUACUUCUGGAACAUUGCUACAAUAGCCGUGUUCUAUGCUCUCCCAGUCAUCCAGCUGGUCAUCACCUACCAGACGGUUGUUAACGUCACAGGGAACCAGGACAUUUGCUAUUACAACUUCCUGUGCGCUCACCCCUUGGGCGCUCUAAGUGCAUCUAAUAACAUCCUCAGUAAUGUUGGUUAUGUGAUGCUUGGACUCCUCUUCCUCCUCAUCGUGCUCAAGAGAGACAUCGUCCACAAACGGGCCCUGGUCCGCAAUGAACUAAAUGCCCUGGAGUGUGGCAUCCCAAAGCACUUUGGUCUGUUUUAUGCUAUGGGAACUGCCCUGAUGAUGGAGGGCUUGCUCAGUGCCUGCUACCACGUCUGCCCCAACUACACCAACUUCCAGUUUGAUACCUCCUUCAUGUACAUGAUUGCUGGCCUGUGUAUGCUGAAACUCUACCAGAAGCGGCACCCAGACAUUAAUGCAAGCGCUUACACAGCGUAUGCCUGCCUGGCCAUGGUCAUCUUCUUUUCUGUGCUGGGGGUGGUGUUUGGGAGAGGAAAUACAGCCUUCUGGAUCGUUUUCUCAGUGAUCCAUAUUCUGGCCACUCUGCUCCUCAGCAUACAGCUCUAUUACAUGGGUCGAUGGAGAUUCGACUCUGGGAUCCUGCGUAGGAUGGUGUACAUCGUCUACACAGAUUGCAUUAGACAGUGCAGUGGACCUAUGUAUAUUGACCGCAUGGUUCUGCUUGUAAUGGGAAAUAUAGUCAACUGGUCUCUAGCUGCCUAUGGCCUCAUAGAGAGGCCCAAUGACUUUGCCUCUUACCUGUUAGCCAUCGGCAUCUGCAACCUGCUGCUCUACUUUGCCUUCUACAUCAUUAUGAAGCUGCGCAGCGGUGAGAGAAUCCAGUGCUUCGCGUUGGUGUGCAUUCUCUUCACAGCCGUAGUCUGGGGCUUUGCACUGUAUUUCUUCUUCCAGGGUCUCAGCACCUGGCAGAAAACACCAGCAGAGUCUCGUGAGCACAACAGAGACUGCAUCCUGCUCUCAUUCUUCGAUGACCAUGACAUUUGGCACUUUCUUUCCUCCAUUGCCAUGUUUGGAUCCUUUUUGGUCCUCCUGACUCUGGAUGAUGACCUUGACACCAUCCAGAGAGACAAAAUCUAUGUCUUCUAAGUUUAUCAGAGCUUCUUCCUCUCUGCCUUAUCAUCUGUUUCUGUAUCCUCCACGUUCCCAAAAAGCACAGCCUGUAGCCUGUUGUCUUUCCCAGGUUGUGAAGCAGGCAGCUCCUUGCCUCUCACAGCCCAUCAGCCAUUCAGGGAAAGGCAUUGGCCCCUCCCUCCACCUGUAUGGACACUAUGUGCCAAUUAAGAGCCUGAUCGACAUCCAGUGAUGCUGAAGUGUUUGUCUUCUCGCUGCCAUCGUCAAUAUAACUGUUGUAACCAAUGUUUACUUACUGCUGACGAUGAGGAUAACUAUGUACACGCUCGCUAAACUGUAACUGUCAGAAUUAACUUAUUUUAUACUGUCGCAUUACAUUUGAAGUCAAUGUACUUUAAAAUUACGGUUUGUAUGCUGUUUAUACUGUGUGUGUGUGUGUGUGUGCGUGUGCGUGUGUGCGCGCGUGUGUGCGUGUGCGUGUGUGCGCGCGUGUGUGCGUGUGCGUGUGUUUACAGACAUUGAGGUGUGAAUGUGAAUCCUGUUAAGUCUGUCGGUGGCCUUUAAUGUUAGAAUAUUGUUAGUCACAUGCUGUGCUCUGAUCGGUCAGAUCCUCCAGCUAGCCGUCCUCAUCGGAGAAUAUUGAUGAUUGUAUUUACUUCAUGACUGCCCUAAAGUAAACUGCGAUGGCCGUUUUUGCACUGCACUGUAUGAGAAAAAGGGUUUUAAUGUCAAACAAUGCAAUGAGCAGUUACUGAAUAAAGGUCUCAUUUUCAGA